UUAGACUCAGUAGAAGCUGAACGUUGAGCAGCGCUGAGGACUGACAGUUCAGCCUGACUGAAGACACCACAGGAUGUAAACAUCGGCUAACAGCUCUUCGGUUCGGCUGGAAGGAAAUGCAGCUCAAUUCCGUGGCAGGAAAAGCGGAAGAAGAGAGAUGAGUGAAGCUGCGUGUUGACGUUUUUCGCGCUGACCUGCAGGCUUUGAUUCCCUACGGCAUGAUUCCCGCGUCUGACAGCUCGCCCUGUGAGAAGGAGAGCUCCCCAUGGGAUGUUGGACGACAGGUUUCAGCUUCGGACACCUGAGAGCUCAGUCCAGGGUGUCCGUGUUCCUCACCAUGAUCCUUCUCUUCACCUAUGUCUUCUACUGUCUCACCGGCUGCUGCGACCUGACGCCGAGCCCGCUGUACGAGCGGCAAACUUUCAGAAACAAACUCUCCUCAGAGGAGCUCCGCGGAAACGCCUCGAGGCAGGGCUCUCUGGACGGGGCUGCUGAGGAGGAGGAGGACACGAAACACGCGCCGAGCGACAGCUUCAACCUCUCCGUGGCCAACAGCUUCGGCAGCAAGGAGUUCCCUCAGGCCAUCAUCAUCGGCGUGAAGAAGGGCGGCACGAGGGCACUGCUGGAGUUCCUGCGCGUGCACCCCGAUGUCAGAGCCGUGGGGGCGGAGCCUCACUUCUUCGACAGGUUUUACGAUAAGGGGCUCGAGUGGUACAGGAAUCUAAUGCCUCGUACUUUGGAAGGACAAAUCACAAUGGAGAAGACCCCCAGCUACUUUGUCACGCGAGAGGCCCCUGCUCGUGUCUUCGCCAUGAACCGUCACACCAAACUCAUCGUGGUGGUCCGAGACCCCGUCACCCGGGCCGUUUCGGACUACACCCAGACUCUAUCCAAAAACCCUGGACUGCCCUCCUUUCAGAACCUGGUCUUCAAGAACUCCACCACAGGUUUGAUCGACACGUCGUGGAGCGCCGUGCGGAUCGGCAUCUAUGCCAAGCACCUAGAGAACUGGCUCCGGUACUUUCCGCUCUCGCGGUUACUCUUCGUGAGUGGGGAGAGACUUGUAACGGACCCGGCAGGUGAGAUGGGGAGAGUGCAGGACUUUCUGGGCUUAAAGCGGGUGGUCACCAACAAGCACUUCUACUUCAACCAGACUAAAGGCUUUCCUUGCUUGAAGAAGCCUGAAGGAAGCAGUAGGCCGAGGUGUUUGGGCAAAUCUAAAGGUAGAGCUCAUCCUCAGAUACCGUCUGAAGUGCUACUGAGGCUCAGAGACUUCUAUAGACCCUUCAAUCUGAAGUUCUACCAGAUGACGGGUCAGGACUUUGGUUGGGAAUGAAAAGUCAAAUAGGUCUAAGGUUGUCUACCGAUUAUAUUAGUAUUAGAGUGACCUACACCUACAAUCCUGUUCUUCAGACUUAAAAGGGAAUUUCUCGUUUUUCUUUGUUUUUUUUGGUUUUUUUUACAUAAUUUAAUUUUUCAAAUGUUGUACACAAAUUCAUUCCGAGUGUUUUGGGGUGAAAUGUGCCUUUCUAGGGAAACUUCAGAACUGUUCAUAGUUAUGCUGAUGACAUCUGAAAUAUUUAAUUAAAACCAGUCUGAAUGGCUUUGUUUGAAUCUUAAAGAUUCAAUUAUGUAGAAUUUUAGGAAAGGCAGUGAAAAAAGGUUUAAAAGAGGUUUUUACAGAACCAACAGCAGAUCUUCUAUGGCUGUGUUCCAAGGAACCUUUUUGGCACCUUUUUGAAGAGUAAUGAAGUGAUAAUAGUUCUGUGAAAAAGGCCAAAAAUGAAAAAAAAACAACUCAUCAAUAACAAGCAUUGCAUAGCCGUCCAAACAAUGAAAAAGAAAACAAGGAAGCUUUUAAAAUGACUUAUAAAAUACAUAUAAAUACGUGUGCUCAUGAGGCUCUGUACCUCACUGUAGGAGAAUUUAAAAUAUGCAAACUGACAACUAUGCAUUGUCAUUGAGAAGAUUUUAACUGAUGUUUUUUAAGUGUAUAAUUCAGUUUUAUCGAGUAAUCAUGACAGCCCUAAGCAGGUCACGUGACAGUGCAGGGUGGACCAGGUUUCAUUUUGUUGUUCUGAUAAGCUGAUCACAAAUGUCAGUGCCAUACAAAAAGCUAUUAAGUUUAUGACGUUUGUUAUGACUGAUAAGUCAGUGUCAUAUGUUGCUGUUAUUAUUACAGUAUUCAGGCCAAGCUGUUUGGAGAUUAGUGACUUCUGUUGGACACAGCAGACAAAGUGCAGCAAUCUCAUGGUUGUUUGAUUGGGCAAUAUAAGUCAAACACAGUCCACAGUGAAACUGAAAAUCCUUUUUCUCUCCAUCUUUGUUUAAAAUAAUACUCCAGAAUUUUUCAACUUGAUCUUACUUUUUUUGCAUCAGUAGCAAAGACUUACAAUGGACAAUAACUUUCUUUAUGUUUUAACCAAAAGAACAGGAGGAAAAGACUCAAAACUCAUUUAUGAUAGAAGCUGCUGAAGCAACUGCCCAUUGCCUUCAAUUAUAAGAUUAUUAUCAUAUUGGCUUCUAUUCUGUUCCUCCUCUUCUUGUUGGUGCUUUGAAAAGAUUGAAAAGUUGAAAAGAUUCCACUCCAAUUCCAGGGUGAAUUUUCAGAUUCCACUGUUGAACCUGUGAUAUUUGGCAGGUGCCAUUACAUCAGUACAAAACAAACAAAAGAUAAGACUAGCAUAUAAUACUGGCAGUGUCAAAGUCAGUAAUCUACAUUGUAUGCAUUUUCUUUCUAAAUUGUGCCAUCUGUGAAGGUGGCACAAUUUACCAAAUUUCCAAAUCUUAAAUUAGCGUUGUUUCUUUUAUUCAUCUGUUUGUUAUACUGUUUAACUGUUCUAUUCCAUUUUUCCCUUCACCGCAGCAUUUGAAAACCAUGAUGUCAGCUACCACUAUUCUAUCUUGGUUAAAUUCAAUCACAGGUACAGAAGCUAGCCGUAAAAUAGCUUCCAGUGCCCCAUCUCUUUAAAUGGAUAUUCAGUUUGUGGUCUUUAAAUGACCCAGCUGUGUCUUCUAUAUCUGACGUUCGCCAAAACAGUGAACACAUUUGGUUGCUAUCAUCUGACCACGGUUACAUAACGAACUUGGAGCAAUGAGGGUUGUGCGAAUUUCAGUUAUACUUCUUUAAGCUCUAUACUUCUGUCUCAUUGCCUGUUUUUCUCAGAAAAGAAGCAGACAAAACCAGUUUUGUGGACUUUCAAGAUAUGUAUGUGUUGGCUUUCUAAUGCAACAGUGCCCAUUUUAAUAUCCCAAGAACCCAAUCAGAUUUUAGAUUUUUUAAAUAUUUUAAUUUAUACACUUUUCCAAAUGUUUCUCUGCACUGUGCAAAUAGGUUUAGCAUAUUUACUGAACUGGACUUAUCCAGGCUCCACCCACAAAUGCAUUCUAUCAUAGCUACUGUUGUAAGUUUGGACAACUUUUACAGAACAUUGGCAAAAGUACCAUCCAACCUACUCUAAGCAAAGUGGUCUUUAUUUAGAGUCACUACAUAACGCUUCCAGUUAAUCAAAACUAGGUAACUACAGUUGCCAACAUGCUAACGUUAGUGUAUUACAUCACCAAAACUACACAACAGUGUAGUAAAUUUCAUUUGAAAAUAGUAACACUGCAAAUUUGAUCAUGUUGCGUUCUCAUUAGGUUUCAUAAGAAUGCAUUUGUGGGCGGGACCUUGGUUUGGUCAUAUAGCAGUUACAGUGCAAAGAUGUGUUUUUUGUCCUCAGUGAAAUAAAGAAAUUAAUAACAUUUCAUUUACCAAUUGCAGCUGUUCAUAUGAUGGUUCAUCUUAACAGGAACAGGAAGUUCCAUUUUAAUGAAUAUUUGCUCUUUUCUGAAGCUUGUGUGUGAAAUUCCUUACUGGGUAUUUUUACCGGUCAUCUUUUCUGUCUGAAAUGUUCAUAAAAGGAGUUGUGCAGGGGUGGAAGUUACAAGUCAUACUGGACUAUGCCUUACUUUCAUGCAACAAUAGCAGACUGCCAGAAUAUAAUUUGGGUUUAUUUGCUGUAUAUUUGUUAUUUAUGUGUAAAA